AUGCGCAACGUCCUCAUCAUCGGCGCAACCCGCGGCCUGGGCCAGUCCCUCGCAAACCAGUACGCAAAAGCAGGCCUGACUGUCUAUGCAACAGCUCGCUACUCCGUGCCCCAGCAGUCCAGCAAUGGCGUCCACUGGAUACCCAACAUCGACAUCACGAGCGAGGGUGCCGGGCGAAGGAUAUCUGCGUCAUGGAUGGAGGAGACCAAGAUCGAUCUGCUGGUCGUGUGCGCCGGAUACUUUGCGAAGGAGACGCUCGACCACUUGGACUACGACAAGGAGGUCACCAUGUACAAGGCAAGUCGAGUCCCCACCUGCGCAAUAGGACCAACCUUCCUCAUCCACCACCUCCUCCGCGCCAACAUCCUCCAGAAGAACAGCCGCGUCGUCCUCGUCGGCGGCGAAUCCGGCAGCAUAGCGCUCCGGCACGAGAGCGCGGGAGGUGGGAACUACGGCGGCCACGGCGCCAAAGCAGCGCUCAACAUGGUCGGCAAGCUCCUCAGCAUCGACCUCAAGCCCAGGGGCAUCCCCGUCGCCAUCGUGCAUACGGGAUAUCUGAGGAAGCAGAACAGAGACGGGUUCUUCGAGACUGGGGAUAAGAAUGCUGUGAAACCAGACGAGGCAGCCGAAGCCCUCCGCGCCUGGAUAGAAACCUUCGACAUGGACAAGUCGGGCCAGUUGUGGGCUGUACGCGGGGCCGCAGAUAUCGAGACUGCAACGGCCGUCUUGGGGCCCGCCGACAACCUCCCUACGCCUCUGCUGUUGCCUUGGUGAAGAUAAAAGGAGAUAUGGGGAGCGUAUUAGGUUGACGUGUUUGAGUUGGGUGAGCAUUGGGGGUUCCCCAUGCGGAUGGUGGUUUUGGUAAAGAGAAAGAGGCUGUUCGUAUAUGUAUUUGUACAUGUGUGGAUUGGGAAAAUUUUUAUGGACGGUUCUUGUAGGAGUGGAUGGAUGACAUGAACGAAGACGUCAUUAUGGAUUGUCAUUUCUAUUUUC